AUGGCUGUUGGCUUAACGAUCGGUACCAUCUAUCUGUUUCUUGCAGUGCUGUGCUUUCAGUUAGCGAAGAGUAGCAUGCAGAUAACAAAAGUAUUUGCAAACACAACCGUAAAAGAGUCGCCGGUUCCCGUCACCACAACGUACAGCGUUGAAAAGUGGGCCGGAACUAUGUUCAAAAUUCUUGCCAACGAUUCCUACACGCGGUACAGUUUACUCGAUGCUCCGACACUCCAGCUCGUGGAGAUCGAGAGGACGAACUCCGUCUCUGCGCUGAUCAUCCGCGGCUGUCUCUUGACGGACAUGCCCGCCGUUGUCAAUAUUCCGAUGGUUUGGAAGAUUGAGAUAACCUUUUGCCGGUUGCGGCACCUCGAGCUGGGCAGCUUAGUGAACCUCAGACGGUUGCUGGUGAUGAAGCUUAACCACAACCAGAUCACCCGUAUCGAGCCCACGGCCGUGCCUUUGCGACUUCAGCAUUUUUCACUCACCAACAACAAUCUCUCGCACCUGGACGCCGGUGUCUUCGCACCGAUGAAAGAACUGUUCUUCCUCGAUCUGAGUUUCAAUCAGCUGGUAGAGAUCGUCUCAACCAACACUUCGCUACCGGUGCUGCAAAUGUUAUCACUGAGCCACAAUCGACUGCCGAUGUUGAACUUUGUAAACUGGAGCAUGCCGCAGCUCAAAACACUUCACUGUAGCAGUAAUCGGUUUACGGCCCCGCCGGCCAAGUGGAACUCGCUUCCGCGACUUCACGUACUGGAUCUGUCCCUGAAUCAGCUCGACACCUUCCCGAUGGACGAUCUGUACCUGUCCGAACUGGGCGUGUUGAAUCUAACCGGGAACACUUUGACCAACGUCUCCACCAGCAAAAAGCGUUUGCUUGUGCCCCUAAAGCGACUGCUUCUGUCCUCUAACCGGCUCACCCGUUUGGCCGUCAAUCGCUGGAACAUGCCGAAGCUGUGGGACUUUAGCGUGGCCCACAAUCAGCUCACCGAGCUGGGCGAUGUGUUUCAUCGAUUCGCCACCCUGCACGAUCGGUUGGACCUGCGAAACAACAGCUGGUCCUGCGGGUGGCUUCUCCGGGUGCAUCCGGCCGACCUCUGGCAGCGGGACUACGGGUUGCUGACGACCAAUGCUUCGUGUUCCGAUCGGACACUCGUGUUUACCGACUGGAAGCAUCCGGACCGGGAGCCACACAAAAUCUGCUGCCACGAGCACGAACGAAAUUGGGCUCUAAUGAGGCCACCCGGAGGUUGA